AUGGCACGUCCACGUGCUCUGUCGGGUGCCGAUGCCCCGAAAGAACCCCAUGCUGUGUCUCUCAAAGUCUUGCGGCUUGCGCGGCCAUCGCUCUCUUAUCAGUACCCCCUCCCCACGUCGAACACCACAAUCUCAACCAAAGCAUCUCUAAGUUACCCAUCGGGCGACUCCGAUGAUCAAUUUAUUUUAUCCCCUCUUCUCACCCUGCCCCCAUCCUUUGGAUCCGUCUACGUUGGGGAAACCUUCGGAUGCACACUCAGCGCGAAUAACGAGAUAGACGAUGAUGACGAGGAACGAGUACUUACAGCCGUGCGCAUAGUUGCGGAAAUGACAACCCCUUCAUCAGUUGCCGCGUUAGAGCUCGACCCCCCCACAGACACAGCAUCAACAGACGGCCUAAAGAGCGGCGAGUCAUUACAAAAGAUCGUGAAGUUCGAUCUGAAAGAGGAAGGGAACCACGUGCUAGCCGUCAGCGUCAGCUAUACAGAGACAAAAAUCGGCUCAGAUUCCCAGGCAGCUAGUGGCCGGGUACGGACUUUUCGCAAAUUAUACCAAUUUGUGGCACAGCCAUGUUUGAGCGUGCGGACUAAAGCUUCCGAGCUUCCGCCGCUGGAAGUCGAUAACAAGUCGCUCGGUCCGUAUGGAAAAACAAAAUUACUCCGAUUUGCCCUGGAGGCACAGCUGGAAAACGUGGGCGAAGGCGCCGUGGUAAUCAAGCAAACGAAACUAAAUCCCAAGCCACCGUUCCAAUCAAAAUCGCUGAACGGGGACAGCACAAAUCCCGACCUACAGGCAUUGCCCACGCUUAACCCACGGGAUGUCCUGCAAGUGGCAUUCUUGGUGGAACAAGAAGAAGGCCAAAACGAGGGCCUCGAAAUCCUACAAAAGGAUUUGAAGCGGGACGGACGUGCCACGCUGGGCCAGUUAUCGAUCGAAUGGCGCGGUGCAAUGGGGGACAAGGGAUUCCUAACGACGGGCAACUUGAUGAGCCGGAAACGCACCUGA